GAUAAUGUUUUCCGUCAUUUUGAUAUAUUUUUGUAUGAGCAGUGCGAGUUUCGCAGAAGAACGCUUUAGUGAAGAGGUUCUCAUCAAAGAGUUAGGUCAUGGUUUCACCAGCUUCCACUUCAACUUUGUGUCCCAGAUACCGGAAUAUGAACAUCGAGCGCAGCAUCAUAACAUUGUUCCUAAAGCAUUCCUAGAUCUUUUGUCAAAAUAUUCUGCGGACGAGUUGCAUCUAUCCAUAGUUAGAGGCUAUUGGGAUGACGAACAUUGGGGAAGAAACUUUGUCAUGGUUGCUCCAACAGGAGCGGAACUUUGGGCAUGGUUUCACCGUGCUACGAAGAAUGUUGAUCAAGCGUGGUUCGAGUUAGCGCAUGCAGUUUCUGGACUCUUUUGCGCUUCUCUGAAUCGUAUGUCCAGUAAGGCGAACUCCGCCGGUCCUCAAUGGUCGUACAGACCCGUUGGAAUAAGUGAUCUAUUGAACAAUGAUACUGGCAGGCUUCGUUAUGCUCAAAUGCCAGGCGAAAGUUUGUGCAGUGAAAACCUGACUCCGUGGAUCAAGUUGUUGCCAUGCAAAGAUCUUAAGGGUUUGGCUUCUCUGUUAGUUCCCACUUCUUUGUUUCGAUCCAACUACCUGUCCCUGAGGAUUGGACUUCGUCGAGUUUGCUGGGAUCAUUCUUGUACGUUGCUUGGCAUCGAAGCUGUUCAAACUUUGACUGUCGUGUUCGAUCGCAGGAUCCUUUACAGAGACUUAAAUCAACCUUGGUCCUUUAAAGGUUUGCUAGGAUCCACUAUGAAGGGCACAUGCGACGCUGCACAUUCAAGCCGCGUGAUCGUGAUCACCUCACCGGUGGAACUUAACGUAUCUCGGUGGGUCCCUUCCGGGAAGAACCAUCUCCAGGAUAAUCGGGUCCAGAUGACCGCUCUCUCUUCCGAUCUGUUUGACGACCUCGAUGGACCGGUUCUAUUCAGUGUGGCUCCGUCUCCAUCCACCACUUCGCCGUCAGCCUUACCCUUGCUCUCCGUGUCCAAGUACCUCACAGGUUCCGGUGUCGCCGAUGGUGGUAUUCGGGUAUUGUUAACGAGUCGCUGUGAUUUCACCUUGAAGGCAGUGUACUUGGACCUGGUUCCAUGGUACCUUCAAGUGUUGUUCAGCAGUCUCAGGGUGCAUCAACGCAACAAUUCCUCUGGCGCAUGGACGCUUGUCGACCCAGUAAAGAUGAACCUAGUUCCCAACUUGUCUCGGCAGCGCAUGGGCACUAUUGAACUGCUUCUGUCAAUUCCCCCCACUUCUCAAGUCUCCGUGUCGUACACAUUCCACCGCGUAUUGCAACGGUGGGAUGAGUAUCCACCGGACGCAAACCACGGCUACUUUCUGCCGGCCACCUCGAUAUCUUACCAGGUACCCAAACGGAAGUUUAUCAAUGGACUCCGGAACACUGAUGCUGCGUUCCGUGAGCUGGCUCUGCCUAACUGGGCCAGCACUUACACCCAGUAUUUCAACGAUUCUUCCAAAGACACAUCGUUCCGCCCAGGUGACGGAUUUUUCCGCGUUCACAGCGCCGUUAUACUGAUCAGCAUGCCAACUCCGGACUUCAGCAUGCCUUUUAAUACACUGUGCAUCGUGUGCUCAGUAAUCGCCAUGUUAUUUGGCUCAGUUAACAAAGCCACUGCAGGUCACUUAACCGCUCGCCCACCUUCGGAAAGUGAGACCACGAUUAUUGGUUUUACCACGAGACGACCAUUAAGCGCGUUCAGGCUAGUCUCGGAUGUUUCGCAGACUACGGCAUCCAAAGGAUGUGGCGGAUGAGAAAAAGUCUCAAUGAUCAUCGGUCCAAAGGACGAAUAUGAUGAUACUUUUCUUGCCGUGUGGACUGGCCUAGUAUUCUACUGUUGAUAUCAUGGAAUGUUUUACAGACUCGAACACAACUCCACGACGAAGUAGAUGAUGUGGCUGUGGUUAUACUACUGGCCUACAGAAUUUUUUACACACCUGUGGUACAUAUGUCGUAAACGUUCCUUUCAUUUCUCUACGCUUUCCACGUGUGAUUCUGCUUACUCUUAAAUUUUCGCUACUUUGUGGGUAAAGUGUAGAUAUGUUUUCUAAUACAUAUGCCGGUGCGAAGGCAAUCUUCCUGGCCUGCUGCUUUCACAAUCACUCUAGUUUGUUCUCCUCCAUUUUCUUUCGC